AUGGCAGACCCAGAUCUGUCUCGCACACUUGUUGUGUCUACCCAGGACCUUGCUUGUCUUCAGGAAUUGAAAACUCAUAUUUCUUCAAAAGACUGCUCCUGUACUGAGAGCAUGGACCUGUUUCCUUGCAAUGUCUUGGAGCCUCAUAUGCCCACCAGGGACGAUUCCCAGGAGUCGGUGACUUUCCAAGAUGUCGCUGUGGACUUUACUGAGAAAGAAUGGCCCUUGCUAGAUUCUUCUCAGAGAAAACUCUAUAAAGAUGUGAUGCUGGAGAACUAUAGCAACCUCACUUCAGUGGGGUAUCAGCUUGGCAAGCCCAGCCUCAUCUCCCACUUGGAGCAAGAAGAAGUACUGAGGACAGAGGAGAGGGUAGCUCACCGAGGCACCUGUCCAGAUUGGAAGGUUCCAUCUAAAACAAAAUGGUCAAUUCUUAUAGAAGAUAUUUUUGGGAAGGAAACAUCCAAUGUUGUGACAACGGAAAGAACUGGACUUGGUGAGAAACCCACUGAAUAUGCUCACUUUUUUGACGUCUUCAGCGUGGGGGCUCAUCUUACUCAGCAAGUGGGACGUCGCCAUGGGAAGAGGCCCUAUCACCGCCGUGACUGUGGGGCGUCCUUUAAGGAUGGCUUGCAUCUCACCCAACACGUGAGCAUUUAUGGUGGGAGAAACAUGUAUGAAUGCCAUCAGUGCCAAAAAGCCUUCACCACAAGGUCUUCUCUUACACGCCACAAGAGGAUACACACUGGGGAGAAGCCCUAUGAGUGCAAUGCCUGUGGGAAAGCCUUCAAUGAUCCUUCAGCUCUUCGGAGUCAUGUGCGAACUCACACCAAAGAGAAGCCUUUUGAGUGCAAUCAAUGUGGAAAUGCCUUCCGCACCCUCUCCUCCCUGAAGAUACACAUGCGAAUUCACACUGGGGAGAGGCCUUACGAAUGCAACCAGUGUGGGAAGGCCUAUGGCAGGAGCUGCCAUCUCACUGCCCACAAGAGGACGCACACUGGAGAGAGGCCCUAUGAAUGUCAUGACUGUGGGAAAGCUUUCCAGCAUCCUUCACACCUUAAAGAACAUGUCCGGAAUCACACCGGGGAGAAACCCUAUGAAUGCACACAGUGUGGCAGAGCCUUCCGCUGGAAGUCUAACUUCAACUUGCACAAGAAAAACCACAUGAUAGUGAAAACAUACGAAUGUAAAGAGUGCGGGAAAGCCUUUGGUGAUGUCACAUCACGGAGGAAACAUAUGCGAAUUCAUAUAGUCAAGAAACCCGUUAUCUGUAGACAGUGUGGAAAAGCCUUCAGAAACCAGUCAAUCCUUAAGACACAUAUGAACUCUCACACUGGGGAGAAGCCGUACGGGUGCGAUCUGUGUGGGAAGGCCUUCAGUGCAAGCUCUAACCUUACUGCGCACAGGAAAAUACAUACCCAGGAGAGGCGCUAUGAAUGCACUGUCUGUGGGAAAGUCUUCGGUGAUUAUUUAUCACGAAGGAGACAUAUGAGCAUUCAUCUUGUAAAGAAACGUGUUGAAUGCAGACAGUGUGGAAAAGCUUUCAGAAACCAGUCCACCCUUAACACACACAUGAGAACUCACACAGGGGAGAAACCCUACGAGUGUGACCAUUGUGGGAAGGCCUUCAGCAUAGGUUCUAACCUUAAUGUGCACCGGAGAAUACACACUGGGGAGAAACCCUAUGAAUGUCUUGCCUGUGGGAAAACCUUCAGUGACCACUCAUCCCUGAGGAGUCAUGUGAAAACACACCGUGGAGAGAAGCUCUUUGUGCCAUCUGCUUGGCGGAGGCUCCAGUGA